CUCUACUCUCCUUCUGUUGGAGCGAAGAUUUGGGGUAUCGCUGAAAGAGACCUCGACUCGUCCGAGCCACCUACAUGGUAUCCAGAGUACACCAAGCCAGGAAGCACCGGAUACGUCUAUAGGGAUCUUUCAUUCUGGACCUCAGGGUUCUUUCCCGGUUCCCUCCACCUCCUCCUGGAACGUACACGGAAGUUUCGAAGCGAGUUGGACUUGGUUGGUUACAAUUCGGAAAAGGGAGCCGCUCCUCAUGUUCUUCAGCUCGAACAUGCUUGCAAAUGGUGGACCGAGAACUUGCACCAAAAUGCCUCCCUCCUCGGCACGCAUGAUCUCGGGUUCAUGAUCUUCCCUUGGGCUCGUGUGCAAUGGGAUCUUCACCGUGAUCAAAGGGCAUUUGACACCAUGAUGAAAGCAGCAAACACUCUGGCUGAUCGCUUCAGCGAGACCACCGGCUGUAUGAGGUCUUGGGAUAAGUGCCAAACAAAGUGUUACUCGUUUAUAGAUACCAGCAAAGACUUUCUGGUAAUCAUCGAUAACAUGAUGAAUCUUGAGCUUCUCUUCUGGGCUGCAUCCCAAACCCCCUCUAGAGCAGAGUCAAUUCGUCUUUUCGACAUUGCGGUUGCCCACGCACGUACCUCGCAAAAGUAUCACGUCCGCGCCGACUCGUCCACCUGCCACGUCGUCAACUUCGAUCCUUCGACCGGUACCCUCAAAGAGCGCCUUACAAACCAGGGUUAUAGCCAUACCUCGUGCUGGUCUCGCGGCCAGGCGUGGGCGAUCGCAGGAUUUGCCGAAGCGUAUAAAUGGAGUGGCGAGGCUUCGUUCCUUGACACGGCUAAGCGCUGUGCCGACUACUUUCUAAAGAGGUUACCUGACACACAGAUUCCUCCAUGGGAUUUUGACGCUGCCGGAACCACUGGCAGUACGCAGCAACCUCCUGAUACGAGUGCGGCGCUUGUAGCCGCGUAUGGAAUGUUGGUCAUUCAUCAAAUGCUUCUCAACCGUAGCGAGAAGUCUUCCUACCUUGAACAUGCACUACGAAUCGUGGACGCUGUUUGUUCUAGACACUUGAACCCUUUAGCAUAUGGGAAGGAAAAGACCCGGUCCAUCGACACUGUUGAAAACGGUUCUGGUGUGCCCGUGUCGCACGUGGAGUGGGAUGUUGGCGAGGGGGAAACGAUUGUCAACGGAGCGACGAUUAACAACUUCAAGUUUGCUCCGCGCCGAUGGGCCGAUCAUGGACUGGUUUAUGCUGAUUACUUUUUCCUUCUUGUUGGAAAUAAGCUUCUAGAGAUGAAUGUUCUUAGGCAGAUGCUGUAG